CAAAUAAAUGAAGUUCCAAUCAAAGAGGAUCUAAAAAUUGAAGGCGGUGAAGGUGCCUAUGAUGAGAAAUUAAUUCAUAUCCAUGAUGAUCUUGUUUCCGGAGUAGUGGAGCUAAAAUACAGAAGCUUACUAUUGGACCCUUUAUCUCAUCCUGAUCAAAACGAAUAUCAUUCAUCUACAGAACCUUCCAAAGAUGUAAAGUUAGAACUAUCUGCAGGCCAAAGUCCAUCUACAUCAUUAGCAUCAGUGACUAAUGAUAAUACAAAUGCUAAAAGUACCUCCUUUCAGUUGGUUGCUCUGAAUAUCAUCUUCCAUCUAAGACACAGAAUCUUGAGUUAAAUGAAUUAUAUGAUGAGCUUGUUCAUGAUAUGGAAGAGAUAUUGCUUGAAUCUGGUGAAUCUGUUGGAUUCAGUUUUGGUAACAAGAUUUAUCAAUCAUAUAUACCACUUCCUUCAAGAGAUGGUGGUUCUACUGCUUCUACUUCUGGUACUGAUGAUGCUUAUGCUGCAAUCCAAAACCCUCUGAAAUUUGACAGGGUGGAGGUCAUUGAUACAAUACAGAAGAUAGGGGAUGUUUCACUUAGUGAGAGAUUAGUUGGAGUAAGAGAAUAUACUGCAUACAGGAUAAGAGUGUGGAGUGGCAAAGAUAAUUGGGAGGUUGAAAAACGGUAUCGUGAAUUUUCUGCUCUCUAUUGGCGGUUGAAAAAGUUAUUCGCAGAUCAAGGAAGGAUUCUUCCUCCUGUCUGGUCCUCUGUUGAACAAGAGUCACGGAAGGUUUUCAGAAGUGCUUCUCCAAAAGUUGUUGCUGAUCGAAGUGUUCUUAUUCAAGAGUGUUUAAAUUCCCUUCUCCAGUCAAGGUUUCCUAUAGGUGCCCUCAAUGUUGUAGUGUGUUUCUUAUCUCUGUCUAAGGAUCUUCCAGAUUCUCCAACUUAUGAUACAAAUGCACUUCAGUCUCCGUCUACUUUAAGAAGCAGAAUCAGAGGGAAUGUUUCCAGCUUGGGGAAGACUAUUUCCCUCAUUGUUAAUAAACGACCUUAUAAAUCGAAUAAACAGUUACUAGAUGAACAACAUUAUUUUUGUGCUGGUUGCUACAAAAAUUUUGACGAUGGGAAGACUCGAAUACAGGAAUUUGCGCAGACUAUGGGGUGGGGAAAACCUCGUUUCUGUGAAUAUAGUGGUCAGCUGUACUGCUCUUCAUGCCAUACAAAUGAUAUGGCUGUCUUGCCUGCAAGGAUUCUGCAUCUUUGGGACUUUAAUCAAUACCCAGUUUCUCAGAUGGCUAAAUCUUAUCUGGACUCUAUCUAUGACCAGCCAAUGCUUUGUGUCAGUGCAGUUAAUCCUUUUCUGUUCUCAAAGGUCCCAGCUCUGCAGCAUGUCACAAAUAUCAGAAAAAGGAUAGGAACUAUGCUUCCAUUUGUUCGCUGCUCCUUCCAAAGAUCCAUCUACAGGGGAGUUGGAUCUAGAAGAUAUCUUCUUGAAAGCAAUGACUUUUUUUCUCUUAGGGAUCUCAUAGAUCUAUCCAAGGGAGUCUUUGUAGCUUUACCAGUUAUGGUCGAGACUAUAUCAAGAAAAAUUCUGGAGCAUAUAGCUGAGCAGUGCCUUAUAUGUUGUGAUGUGGGUAUACCCUGCAAUGCUCGGCAAGCCUGUGAUGACCCCUCUUCUCUCAUUUUCCCUUUCCAGGAAGAAGAAAUUGAAAGAUGCAAGUCUUGUCAAUCAGUUUUUCACAAGCAUUGCUUUAGGAGGACAUCAAGUUGCCCUUGUGGUACUCAAUUUAAACCGGAGCUAGAGGGAAAUACAAGUAGGGGAAACCAGAGUGAGAGCAGUGUGGGGAAUCUCUCCUUGGCCUUGCCAGGAAAGAAGGCAGACCUCAGUAAGGGGCUUUUUUCUAGGUAAGAUCACUGAAGUCUAGCGAGGGUGGAGAACAGCGACCUAAAGAUAAGAAUACUGCUAUUGUAAUGGGCUCAUUGCCUCUGACCAACCUCUGAAUACCUGUACAUAUAUUCAUCCUUGUAUUUUGCGUUGCAAGAAAAUCGUGUGAAUUGAAGCUUGUGCUUUAGCUAAGACCUGUAAGAAUUGCCUAUUCUUUCUCUGUAUGUGUCUCUCCAUCUUAUUUGAUCCUCUGGUAUUUUCCUUCAUUUGACUUGUAUUCUUUUGUAAUAAUGUUUCAGAAACAAGGGUGAUUUUUUCUUCUCUCA